AUGAGUGCCACAGACGCCGCGACGUCAUCGCCGCCAUCAGGAGCUCCGUGCGCAGCCCGCAUCUUCGUGGGCGGCCUGGACUGCAUCAUGACCCGGGAGGACCUGGAGCGGGAAUUCGGCAAGUACGGCCAGCUCAAGGAAGUCUGGAUGGCCCAGAACCCACCCGGCUUUGCCUUCGUCGAGUUCGAGGACAACUCGCGCGUCGACGAAGCGGUGCGGGAGAUGAACGGCACCAUCGUCAACGGGGCUCUCCUCCGGGUCGAACGGGCGAGGGACAAGGCGAGGACACGGACUCCCAGAGGCGGCGGAGCGUCUUCGUUUCGAGGCCGGAUGCGUCGCGGCGCCGUAUACCAAGGGUUCGGCGCCGAGCGCAAGACGCGUCGAGCGCCCGCGGAAGUCGACUUCGCCUGUCCGGUGCAGCAGACGCCGAUGAGCUACGGCGACUACAGUGCAGGGUACAGCGCCUACGCCGCGGGCUACGGGACAACGGCAGGGUGGGAGGCCGUGGCACCGUACAGCACGCCAGCUUACUACGCGACGCCGCAGGCCUACGGAGCUUACUACGGGGACUUCUACGCGAUGGCCGGUCUGACCGCCGCUGCGCCCGUCUCGGCCAUGGCGGUCUGCGACCCGACUCUCUAUCAGCCCCAAGAUUACGGUCAGAUGUAG